AUGGCGGAUACCGUUGAAGAUCCUCAAUUGCAUAAUGGAGUGGCUCAAGGUGAGUCCGAAACCCAACAGCAUCCGACUCCGGAAGCACAAUCCGAUCACGAUCCCCAACUCCAGACUGAGGCCAAACUUGCCGACGAAAUUCCGGAAAUAGAAACUGAUUCGAAGCCGGAGCAAGUACCAUUUGAGGUAACCGAUACGAAGCCGGAAGAGGAAGUACAAUCUGAGGUAACAGAAUCGAAGCCGGAGCAGGUAGAAUCCGAGGUUAUCGAUGCGAAGCCGGAGGAAGUACAAACCGAGGCGAAGGUGGAUGUAAACGACGUGGAUCUGUCUCCGGGAGGAUCCGGGAAGCUCUCGAUCCGAUCGAUGGAGGCCGAUCAGGAAACGGUUCUGAAGAAAGAAGAUGAAGGGAACAAGACAUUUACAAUGAGAGAGCUUCUCAGCGAAUUAAAAAGCGAGGAAGGAGAUGGCACUCCUCACAGUAGUGUUUCGCCGUACAGUCGAGAAAGUGCUUCUCAACCGGCGGAGAACAAUCCUGCCAUGGAUCUGAUAAACAGUAUCCAAGUUAACGACGAAGAGGGCCGAUCGCGACAGCGUGUUCUUGCAUUUGCUGCCCGCAAGUAUGCGAGUGCGAUUGAGAGAAAUCCAGAAGAUCAUGAUGCCUUGUACAACUGGGCACUUAUUCUCCAGGAAAGUGCUGAUAAUGUUAGCCCAGAUUCUGUUUCACCUUCUAAAGAUGAUUUGCUCGAGGAAGCUUGUAAAAAGUACGAUGAGGCAACCCGUCUCUGCCCCACGCUUUAUGAUGCUUACUACAACUGGGCUAUCGCAAUCUCUGAUAGGGCAAAGAUGCGUGGUCGCACAAAGGAGGCUGAAGAACUAUGGGAACAAGCGACUAAUAACUAUGAAAAAGCUGUCCAGCUCAACUGGAACAGUUCCCAGGCCUUAAACAACUGGGGACUGGCUUUGCAGGAGCUCAGUCAAAUUGUUCCUGCUAGGGAGAAGGAAAAAGUUGUCAGAACUGCCAUUAGCAAGUUUCGGGCCGCUAUCAGGUUGCAGUUUGAUUUCCAUCGAGCCAUAUACAACCUUGGAACCGUUCUGUAUGGAUUAGCAGAAGACACACUUAGAACAGGGGGUUCAGGUAACGGCAAAGACAUGCCUCCCGGUGAGUUAUACAGCCAAUCUGCUAUCUACAUUGCUGCAGCUCACUCGCUGAAGCCAAGUUACUCGGUAUACAGCAGCGCUUUGAGGCUCGUCCGGUCCAUGCUACCGCUACCGCAUCUUAAAAUUGGAUAUCUAACGGCGCCACCGGUGGGAAACUCACUCGCUCCUCACAGUGAUUGGAAACGCACCGAGUUUGAACUCAACCACGAGAGGCUUCUACAGGUACUGAAACCAGAACCACGGGAACUGGGGAGAAACCUGUCAGGGAAGUCAGAGGCGAUGAGCACAAACGUGGAGAAGAAGACUGUAAAAGUGAAUAUAUCAGAGAUUGUGUCAGUGACGCCAUGUGCUGACCUCACUCUACCUCCUGGUGCUGGUCUCUGCAUUGAUACCGUUCAUGGCCCUGUUUACUUGGUUGCAGAUUCAUGGGAGUCUUUAGAUGGAUGGCUCGAUGCGAUUCGUUUGGUCUACACAAUCUAUGCGAGAGGCAAGAGUGAUGUUUUAGCCGUGACGCCAUGUGCUGACCUCACUCUACCUCCUGGUGCUGGUCUCUGCAUUGAUACCGUUCAUGGCCCUGUUUACUUGGUUGCAGAUUCAUGGGAGUCUUUAGAUGGAUGGCUCGAUGCGAUUCGUUUGGUCUACACAAUCUAUGCGAGAGGCAAGAGUGAUGUUUUAGCCGGUAUUAUCACCGGUUGA